AUGUGCUUCUGCUUGGACCGUGGUACGCUUUCGCGAGCCACUGCUCCAGAGGAUACGCGCAGAGCCGAGCUUCGGCAGAAGCGCUUGCAGCCAGGUGGAAGGCGACACGACCUUGCUGUACUAGCACUGCGCACCGUGCUUCGGCACUGGGCGACCACCGGGGAGGUGCCAAACAGGCAAUGCUGUGUGCGCCUCGCUGGUGUGGUGACGGCGACACGCCCACAGCUUUCACGAGCACCGCAGGAGGCUUUUUCUCCUUCUAUACCUGGCCUGCGCCUGGCCCUCGAGAAGGCACUAGGAGUGGAAGCACAGUUCAAUCGGUUGCUGCACGAAGCCGUCCGCCAGCAAGACCUCGAAGGUGCUAGACAGGCGCUGGAUCUUGGAGCAGAGGUGGCCGGCAGGGAUGCAUAUGGUUGGACACCACUCCACGUCGCUGCAAGCAAAGGUGCCGUGGACAUUUGCGACUUACUGCUCGCAUCCGGUGCGAAGGUGACAGAUGUCUGCUUUGUUUCGGUGUGGCCGGGUCGAAGCUUCACUCCCAUCGACAUCGUCGACGCCUCGCAGAACUCGCGGAACAUCUACUCUUUCAGAGAAGCGCUGUUUCACAGCCGACCUGCGCCUUGCAAGCGGCAGCAGGUCCUCAGCCUGCUCCUGGCUGCCAGGGAUCUCGAGGCCUGA